AUGAAAAGACAAAAAGAAAAUAAACAACAAGUUGUUUUCAACCAGUGUACAUUAACGAAAAUCGAUGAAGAUUGUUAUAAAGUCACAAAUAUGAAAGGAAAAUUAUUACAAAAAUUAGUUUCUGAAAGUAAAUUUAAAACAAUUAAAACGAUUGUCUUUAAACCCCAGUGCAUUAACAAAGACAUUGCCGCUGCUUUAGUCCAAAUGGGAAGAGCUGAAGGACAAGACGAGUUAAAGUUGUUUUAUAAUUCAAAAGUUAUUGUAUACAAACAUCUUAUUGAAAAUGGUUAUAAAGUACGUCCUAUUAGUAAUGAAUUAAUAGCCAUUUGUGGGAUUAAUAAUAAAGAACAAAUACUGAAGGUUGUUAAUUCAAAACAAACAAUUGUUGAGAGUGUCUUUACACCAAAUGAAGUAAAUAAAGAAAAUGAUAUUUCAUUUAUUGGGGUAGUACAACAGAAUAAUGUUGUUUUUGUUUCAGUUGAGCAACAAAGUUAA